UUUGGAGUUUAAGGUCCGAUCAACUUUGGAAGACCUUCAUGGUUUGCGAAUAUCCAGUUUAAUUUUUUUCUUUUCAUGGUUCAAGCAGUAGUUUUUGAAUGCUAACAUGAUAAUUCAAGGCCACCAUUACAAUUUGUUUACCUGUUAAAUCCAAAAAAAAAAAAAAAAAAAAAAGUGAUUGGGCAUCGAUUAUUCAGUGACAAUGAACUUCAAUAUACCCGUCAUUAGUGUUCGGUAUAGAGUCGAGAAAAUUACGGUGCAUCCUGAGGAAGCCGCCAAAUGGAAAAAUGUUUCUAAUUCUGUCCUCGCUAUGCCUCCCAGUCUUGCUUUGUGAUUGGGAGUAUAGAUUCUGAUUGGGUAAACUUCAUUCUUGUGGACAGAUCUGGCCUCAAAGGGAUAUAUUUAAUACAUUUCAUUAAAUUUCUUCUGCGCAGGGAAAUAUUGAAUUUUUUUUUUUUCUAUAAAAGAAAUGGAUUAAAAACCAUUAGCUGCAAAUCGUGUUUGAGGAUGCAUGGUGCAUUUCCUUACAUUGAUUCAUGGAUUAUUUUGUGACAAUGGAGAUAUAUUUCUUCUUGAAGAAUUAGGAUACUUUUAUUUGUUUUAAAUUACAUCAGAUUAUUCAAAAUUUUGUGAAACAUGGAAUUUGCUGGAAAAUUUGCCCGUUUAUGGGCUGAAAAAGUGAAAUCUAGAGGAGCCAGUAUGGAGACAGAGCAGUCAGAGCUGGUGAUUCCGCGACAACUCCUCUGCUGUAAGCUCUGUGAUGAAGAAUUCACGGAACCCUGUUAUCUUCCCUGCCUGCACACCUUCUGUCAGAACUGUAUAGACAAGCACCGACUAAACAGCACGGACAAUGAUGGCUACUUCCCGUGCCCGACGUGCAUGACAGAAGUCAGUCCCGAGGAAGAGGACGGAGCGGCGGCUCUACCCAUUAACAUCCUGGCUCGGCGACUUUCUGUUCCUGUCAUCGAUCCCGUCAAAAGAGAGACACUGUGUUUUUAUUGUAAGAAUGCUGGAAACUUUGUGGAAGGUAAAACCCACUGUAUAGACUGUGAUGAAUUUCUCUGCAAGUUGUGUGCCGAUUCACACACUAGACAAGAGGAGUUUUCUGACCAUCAGCUACAGAGUGAGGAAGAUUACAAUGCGGACUUGGAGAAGUCUUCCUGCACAACUGUUCAAGGUCAGGUCAUUCCAAUAUGCUGUGAUGCCUAUGAUCCUCUAGAUAUUGGUGCCAUGUUCUGCGUUGGCUGUGAUAUUGCUGUGUGUGCCGACUGUCAUGUGAACAAACACGGUGAACACAGAUGUGCAGAACUUACUGCCAUAGCUCAACACUUUGAAAAGAAAAUUAAAGAACCUCUCAAAGAACUUGACAAUGACUCUGAGGAAAUAAGUGCAUUUUUAUCUGAUUUGGAUGUUAAAGAGCACACGAUUCUUGAACAGAAAGAUGCUCUGAAGCAACAUGUUCAAGACAGAACAAAACAGCUUUGCAGUCUCAUUAAAGAUUAUGAAAAACUUCUUUUGGAUGAUAUUGAGAGAAGAUUUGAUGACCAGAUAGAAGAUAUCAAGGCAAGAAGACUAGACCUGGAAAUGCAUUUAGAAGCCAUCAAAGGAGUGAAAGAUUUCACUGAAAACCUGCUCACUUAUGGCUCCUAUGAAGAGAAAGUGCAUCUUAGAAAGAAGGUCGGGUACAGAAUUCGGGAACUGUGUGAGGAGUCUCUUGGCACAGAACCUAUUGAGAUCCAUUCUGUGAGACUCAUGGAACCUAAUGUAACUGGUGAUACAAUCUGUGAUAUGUUUGGUACAAUUGAGACAGGAAAUCAGUCUGCUCACAAAGAAAAUGAGCACAUCCAAGACAGCCUUCCCUCCAGUGAGCACUUCCAGAGGUACCACAGCUUUGGUGAUUCUGGACAUGGAAGCGAUUCUAUGGAUCAGGUGGAAAAUGAGCCAGAACUUGUGGAGAUCUUUGAGAAAGGUGAACUCCAAAGGCAAGACAGCAAACAGGAGAGCUCAGACACGGACAUGCUCAGCUCCAGCAAUUCUAGUGACAAAAUGAAGAAUGUCAAGUUCAGGGAACAAGUCGAUCGAAAUGAGUUUGACAUUGAAAAUGUUUUUAACUUGGAGAAUCCAAAACGAGAAGUUAAUCUUCCAGCUCCUAUUCAGAAAGAAUGCAUUAAAGGCAUUGGAAUAAAUGAAAAGGGGGACAUCAUUGUAGGAACAAGCACCACGGUCCAUGUACUAGAGAAAAGAGGCAUCGUUAGAGGGCAAAUCCCACUGGAAAAUGGUUGGAACAUUCACUCAGUGUCAAGUGAUGGCAAAGUGUCUAUGACAGUUCCUAGAGGUGAUAAUAGAUUCAAAGUUAGGGUAUUGAAAAGUGAUGGCACAGGGCAUAUUUUAUAUGAUUUCCAUGUGGAAAGUUUUGGGCUAAAUUUUGUUACUGCUGAUCAGUCUGGCACACUCAUCAUAACCUCAAACCGCUAUGCUCAGAUUCACAAAAGUCAUGGCAAAGCAGCCAAGUCAGGCGGAAACAUCGCCUUCUAUGGAUCUGAUGGUCAUCUAAUUCGCCGCAUUACAAAUGACAAUUUCCAGGCAAAUCUCUUGGAGAAACCCCAAAUGGUAGUAGUGGACCAGAAACGCAACAGAACAUAUGUGGCAGACCCUGGCAGCCACAGGGUCAUAGCUCUCAAUGCCAAAGGAGACCUCAUCUUCGAGUAUGGAAACAAAGAAGGAGAGGAGGAAAUAUACCAAGGACCAGACCUCAUCUCUAUUGACAAAUACGGAAACAUUAUAGUUACCGACAAAAGAGAGGGCCGUAUUGAUAUCCUGAGUACCAAAGGAAACCUGAAAAAGUCAUUUUUCACCGAUGACAUUCCUCGCUUUGUUGGUGCCACACCUGACAAACUUCUGGUAACAGCCAUGCCAGAUGGAUCCAUGAAGUUCUAUGAAUAUCUUACAUAAGGUCUGGAUAUUGCAAAGAGAUGUUUUAUUUUGGUAAUAAUCAAGUGUGCAGCUAGUUGUCCAAUUCUUGUAAUGCUUUUCAUGGCUAGAUAAAACCCUCUUGUGGACAGGGCAUUAUAAUCAGUGUACUCUUAUCUAUGGAAGCCAUGGAUAGUGAUACUGUAAAUCACUUUUUAUUCGCGAGAACUUUAUUUUCGCGUAAUUACGCGAGACGGUAUGCUCGCGGAAAUUUCAUUCUCGCAUAUAAUAAAAUUCCUUAGGGUUAUAUAGAGCAAUGACCAUAAUUCGUGAAAAUUUUGUCUCGCUAAUAAAGAGUCAAUGUCUAUCUCGCGAAAAUAAGGUGUCGUCAAAAUUAAGUGAUCUACAGUACUAUUUAUUGUUAGAUAGGAUCACUUUUACCCUUGGAAAAGUUAUUUUUGAACAUUUAAUAUCCUGAGCUGUGUGUUAAAGUGGGUUCUAACAUGCUUACACUGUUUACUUUAAGCAUUACAUUUCUAAAUAUUCCAUUCAUCUAUAGAAUUUCAGAUAUUAAAACACCCCAAAAUAGAAGUACAUGUUGUCAAUAUACACUUUAAACAAGAACAGGAAACUAUUAAACAGUACCCUGAUGUCUUUCUAGCUCUAAUUAGAAUACUUAGAAUACAGUGCUACUCAAUUUUUAUCUUCACCUAACUCAUUCCAUGCUUUAAGCAUGCAAUUCUCAUGAUUAAAUAUUGCUGCUAGACUUAUCCUAUUUCUGUUUAAAAAUUAAUGAUGAUCAAUUGAUCCCCCAUAUUCUAAUUUUGUUUUGCUCCCCAGUAUGACAUACAAUUCCUCUCUGGUAUCGAAUUCAAUCUAAAUUUGAUUCCUUUAUAAAGCUUCAGUUCUUGGCAGCUUUCCAAGUACAAAACUUCCAAUUUAAAAAUCUUAGAGAGUUUUACAAAACAUUGUUAUAUAUGGAAAACUAUCCUCUGUAAAUUAAAAACAAUUUAAUAGACCUUGAAUGCAAACCACUGAAACUAACCCUUAAGACAUUUAAAGAUCUUCUCACCAAAACUAUAUAACCUGAUUUUUCAAGACAAAAAAACUUCACGGUCAGGUAUCUAUCAUUUUAAUUAACAGAUGUUUUUUAGUCACAGAAUCAGCAUGUUUAUUAUUUUAUCUUAUUUGUUUGUCAAAGUUGAUAGUCAGAAUUACACAGGUCUUACUGACAUAUCGGUGUUGUCACUUGCAUUUAAAUGAGAGAGCUACAUGCUGGGAAUAGUGCUUCUGUGAAACUCAUGAAAUAUUGAUAUCCCUUUCAUGUGAUAUUUGUUUUUUAUCUUGUAAUAGUUAUUUUGAGAAUUUGUUUUCAAUAAAUAUUUACAAAGACUAGUCUGGAAUUUAUGCACCAUAAUGAUAAUUUGCAAUCAAUUUCAUAGACUUGAUUGUUGACAAUGUCUCUGAAGAAAUAACUGUAUUGAGAUCAUUCAAAAUGCAUGAACCACUGUAUUAAUUUUCUACAACGAUGACAGCUGAUGCAAGUAACGUAAGUUCUCUAACUAUGGAACUAUGACAUUUAACUGAUAUGGAAAGGAAC